UUCAGUCUUUCCCUGGUGCUCACCGGCUGCGCGUGCUAAGCGCUGACCAAAAUCAGAACUACCAUAUUCAGAUUCAUACCUUGUAUCCAAACUCCGGGCAAUCCGCUGCCGCUUGAUAAACAAACAGUUAAACAAACCGCUCGAACGUCGCCGUGUGUGUGUUUGUUGUUGGUUCGCCGUUCGCUGGUGUUUCGCCCUCAUUGUGCUCUCGUGCAAAUGAAAAUUUCAUUGAGCAGAAAGUCGCCGCAGCAGCAGAAAAGUGGAAAAUCCUAAAGCGGCACCAGCCACAGCAGAAAAAGAAAAUAAAUUAAAAUCUCGGCAAGUGAAAUUCGAGUCGAGAACGAGACGCCGUCAUUAAGCCAAAUACAGAUAAGCUGAGCGGAGCACGUCGCUGGAAAAUUGCCAAAAACCAACACGCCAAUUAAUUUAAGGCGUUCCGCAAAUUAGAGAUCAAUCAACGAGGCCUGAACCGCUAAAUCGAUCGCAGAAUAAUGCAGUGCGGCCUGGAGCAGAUGAACGACUGUGAGAGGUCGCCGAACCGGACGAACCUCCGGGUCAACUUCAACGAGAAGGGGGCGGAGGUCAAGGAGCGGCGGGAGAAGUUCCUCACCGCCAAGUACGGGUCACACCAGAUGAGCCUCAUCCGCAAGCGACUGGCCGUCGAAAUGUGGCUCUACGACGAGCUCCAGAAGCUCUUCGAUCCACCAAGUGAAGCCAUCGAUGUGGACAUUGACGAGAUACUGGAUAUGGACACAGAUGACAUCAGAAGAUCUCAUCUUAUAAGAUUACUGUCAGUCUGCAAACGCCCGCAAUCGGACAUAUCGAAGUUUAUCGGCGAUCUGCUGGAUCGCGCAAAAACCCUGUAAAUCACCAGCCCCCAUACAAAAAUCAUCUAGCAGACCUACACAUAUAAUACGCAGAUAAACAAUAAAUACCUAGAACAUUAAGUUUAGCUUGGCACACAAAGAACAAAGAAUUCAGUUCGCAAGUCCUUUACCCAUUCGAAAAACUAUGUUGAUUUUCUUCAUGUACUUUAGUUGUUAGUCCCUAACUUUGCGCUGAUUUAUUUGAAGUUAAACCUAAUUUAAGCUACCCUUGGAAAUGAUAAAUGAUGAAGAUCGUUAGCCGUAAGCUUAUGGUGUAAUACCGAGAAAAAAUAAUACUUCAUCAAUUUUGUGAUGAUAUUUUUUAAAUAAAACACAAACAUGAUAUCUCCGAAAAACAAACGCAAACAUUUAGCUACAUUUGAAACGAGAAGGACGUGUAGUUAAAUAAAUAUAUUUAGAUCCAUUUAUUGUGACACUCGGGUUGUUUUGCAAAAUAAUUGAUUUGCAUGUGUGUGUGCUUCAUUUAACCACCUAUCAGUAUAGAUCCCCGAAUAUCGUAUAUCUACAUAAGCAGAAGAAAGCUGCGAAUUAAGAAAAGAUUUUUGUAAGUAAAGUGUGCGAUCACCAAGUCAAAGAUGAAAGCUCAGGUUCACUGCCAAAACGUGGAGGAAGAAGAGCUUGUAUGCGCAGUUAGCAAGUACAAACCGUAAAGGAAAACAGAAGCACAGUAAAGCCUGGCGAAAAGGAAUUUUAAACUCACAUCCAAAACUUUGUUCUCAAACCGAAUCUAUUUCGAUUUCGGCAUACAGAGAACAAGUGCACAGCCUAAAUAAAUAUAACUGCAUUUUAGAAGCCAAGAAGACACAAUUUUCAUAGUUGUAAAUAAAAUGUUAACAAAUACUCCACAGCUCGAAACCCAAAAGUUUGUAAAUACCCUCGGAAAAGCAUCGACACUUCUUCACUCCACGAAACCUACACCUCUUUGUAGUAGUAUCUAAACAUUCUAGCAUUUCUAGCAAUCGAAACCUAACGUAAAGUAUUUUAAAUGUGCUCAAUUUAGGCGGAAGAGGAUAAAUACGUAAUUAUGACUCAGUUCUAGCACACUUAGACUCUCGAAAUACGUCCCUACUUCUCUCUAUCAGAUCUACAAAGUAUUAGUGAUUUCUAAAUACAUGCUAUUUGCAUACUAGUAGCAACCAAUUAAUCAUCGCAUUAUUCCAUUGCAACAUUAAAAGAAAGCAUAAAACGAUUAUUUAAGCGAGUUAAGCAUUAAAGCAUUCACACUUAAUCAUGCACACAACUUUCAUUUAAAAGUAAAUCGGAAAGCACACACAAAAACACACGCUAAAAGGUGCAAAAAGCUGUAAUGAAAAGCUGACGAAAAACAUUUAUAAAACGCAAAUGAAAAGUUUACAAAUAAAAUUUAAUUGCUUUAGACAACUUA